CACAGCUGGUCCCGUUGCUGCUGCCUGCAGCUCCUUGCUUGACUUGCCAGCAUGGGCUCCUUUGCCCCUGGGGCUGCCGCUCAGGAGCUUCUGCUGCCACAAGAUUGGGACAGGGCUCAGUUUUUCACUGCCGUCCACUGGAUCCAAGCUGUCACAGCUACUUUGAGCAUCAUGGGGUCCAGCUCAAUUAUCGGCUACACCAUAUUCCAGAACACCACCAGAUCCCCUGAGGUGCGCCCUCUGGUCUACCUGAGCCUCUCCGAUCUCUUCCUGGGGUUGUGCUGGCUCACGGGGGCCCUCUUCUACAGCAGAGAAGCAUCCCACCCAGCUAGAGAAGGCACCAUCUGCUACAACUUGCAAGCCACCGGACAGAUCUUCUAUGUCGCCUCUUUUCUGUACACAGUGAAUUACACCUGGCAGCUUUACAUGGAUUUGAAAGGGAAAUUCAACCAGCACUUACAUGGCCAGAUGCCACAGAUGUUGAACUGUUCAACUCACCUUGGCCGAAUAGCCGUCCUUUUCUCUAGUCUCAUCCCGAUAUUCCUGAUGGCGCCUGUUUUGGGACUAGGCAACCACUUUCAGUGUUCUCAGAACUUCACCGCUGAACAUGGGUGCCUCCUGUUGCACAUGGAAAACAUGCUCAGCCCCAGAUCCCAGCAUGUCACCUGCACCGUGCUGUGUUUGUACAGCACUGGAGUUUUCCUGGUCUCGUUUAUGGUCAGCUUCCUUGCAAUUCUGACAUUGCUCAUCCGAGCCAGGAUGUUGUACAAGCGGUUUGUGAACUCGAUGGGCUACGUCGGCGACCAACAGUGGGCGAUGUUGAAGGUGGUGGAGCAAGCCGUGGCUCUGUACCCUGUGGUGUUUUUCUGCUGCUGGGGGCCAGCCUUUAUCCUCGGCAUAGUCAAGCUGGCACGUAUAGACAACGCCAGCGUUUACAUGGCCCUUUAUGUUCUAGAGGCCCUGACCGCGUCUUCCCAGGGGUUCCUGAACUGUGUGGUUUACGGCUGGACCCAGCACAUGUUCCACUGUGUGAAACGCAAGGCUUGCCGUGAUGUCGACACCCAGACGCCCCUCCUGCGCUCCCAGAAGAGGUUCUACGCCAGCACCCUCCCAGCCCACCCGCGGGUGGUGGCUGAGCCCUCCUCCCCUUCCACAACCACGGUGUUAUGAACGGGAGACGGACGUUCGGACUCUCCUUUUCCACCUGUCCUGCCUCGAGGCUCUUUGCUCAGCAAGGCCGGCUUCGCUUUCUACAUCCUGCAGAGAAAGAGUUCCACUGAUGACCCUGAAGCUCUUCUUGCUCACAGCCUGGGUGAGAAAUGUGGCCGUCAACAGGGAUCAGUGGCAGAGGCGUGAAAUGAAAGGGCUAGCUUGGAAGGGCUGCAAGAGAAUUGAAGUGCAAUUGGACAAGAAGAAACCGAAAGACUCCUUAGAUUUAAAUAAUCACUAUUUAUUUGAGGGAAUCAAACAAUUGGAUAGGGUGGAGACUUUUUGGACUGCCUCACGUUUCCCCCAUGAGACCGUUUUCCCAGGAUUUUCCAAAGAGUGGGAUACAGCAUCACCAAGACCUGGAAUGCCCCCAGUGUGGUGUUACCACCCUGGAAUUUUUUUUUUCUUUCAGUGCUGCUGAUGGAAUAUUUUACAACUUCCUGCUAAACUAUAAAACAUAAAAGCAAGUAUAUGGAUGGAUUUCUGUUCCUUUUGGAUUCCAGGAUUGCUAAAAGGCACGCCUUCCUUCUCUUACUACUGUUUUAACGCCUCCCAAAAAUUAUAUAUAGAAAUAACGUCCUCCCUUCAUCCCCACUGACCCGCAAUCUCAUGGCUUCCAGAAUUCCUGCCCCCUUCCUCCAAAACUCCUGUAAAACUGAAAAACCUCCGCUGCACAAUUUUAUCUCCUUUUUCCAGGCCUCCCAGAAAUCCUUUUCAAUCUGCCCUAAGAUCCCUUCACCCUCACUGCAGAGAUGACUACGCUGAGCAGACGAUCUUAACCAGCAUUCUUAGAGUUAGGCCUUCUUUCAGUGGUGCCUGGGGAUUUUGGGAGUCCCAACACCUUGCCGGAGGCCGUCUUACUCCUUUUUUCUGUGGUUGUUUACAAAUCAGUUACUCGUUUUCCCUUUUUUUUCAUUCUUUCUCGUGUCUGGCCUCUCUCAACCAGGCCUGCUCUGUAAAAGUCAGGACAGAAGUUUUCAGUGGUCUGAACAUAAGGAUGAAGAUGUAGGGCAUUAAGAUUCAUCUGAAGCCAGACAUGAGAUGGGAGGGGAGGGAGGAUCGUUUUCUGGACCUGAAGCUCCUCCGACCAUCCUCUUCCAUUCCAAGCCUUUGGAGUUGGUUUUCCUAAAGUUGGGGUUUUGAGGUCACCAGGUGUGGACACUGGCAGGAUACGAGAGGGGAAAUGAACUGGUUUUAUACCUUCUCUGAACCUCAAGUUUCUCCUGCCCUCUUUUUCUCCUAACAUUUUAAAGUUAGUUCUAAUUUCAUUUACAUAAAACGUUGAGUUGCAACCAAUGUGUAUUUGACUUAAGAAGUGUAGGGUACCUAAAGAUAAAUCUGAGUG